AUGGGAAUAAUACCAAUAGGCGAUAGAACCCACUUGAAGAAUUCCAUGAGCCCGGGAUGGAAAAAGACUGACCCUAGCGACGAGUUUUCCGACUUUGGUGAUGGCCACACCGAGACUACUUCGUUAGGAUCAUCUGUUCUCAAUUAUACAUACGAGAACGGGCGACGAUACCAUGCCUAUAGAGCUGGCCAAUAUGUAUUACCAAACGACGAGACUGAACAAGAGCGAUUAGAUAUGGUGCAUCACUUAUUUAGCUUGACAUUGAAGGGUGAUCUUUGUGCGGCGAAGUUGCAUAAUCCUCAGAAUAUCUUAGAUCUUGGAACUGGCACCGGGAUCUGGGCAAUUGACAUGGGAGAUGCAUUUCCUUCUGCGAAAGUCAUUGGAACUGAUUUGAGUCCUAUACAACCCAACUGGACGCCACCCAAUGUAAUGUUCGAAGUCGAUGAUGCUUCAUCAGACUGGACAUUUCCAGAGAAUCACUUUGAUUUUAUUCAUGCCCGCACACUUGGAGGCGGUAUCCGCGACUGGCCAGCUUUACUCCGACGCUGCUACCGACACAUCAAGCCUGGCGGGAAGAUAGAAAUCUCUGAAGGUCGAGCAAACUUCUACUGUGAUGACGGAACCAUGGCCCCGGACAGCCAUACCUCGAAAUGGCUUACUGAGUUCCAUAAGAUUGGAGCAUCGAUCGGGUUGAAACUUGACUUUAUCGAAGAUAUCCCCAUGUUGCUCGAAGAAGCGGGGUUUGAAGACGCUAGUCUGAUGAAUCGUGUCGUUCCCGUAGGGUCGUGGCCGAAGAACAAAGCCUUGAAACGAAUUGGUGCUGUUUUUCGGUUACAAUUCCUCGAGUCGGGAUUGGAGGCAUACAGCAGCGCUCUCUUCACGAGAAGUGGGUGGUCUGAGUUAGAACUGCAGGUUUUACUUGCACAUGUUAGGAAUGAGUUGUUGAGCAAUCAGAUGCAUCUCUAUACUUACACAACCUUUGUAACAGCCACGAAACCAUCGACGUCUGUGUAGAACAGUUGUGCGGACAGAGAAGGAACAAACCCUGGUUAUUACGACGAUCUGGGCUUAUAGCUAGACACUUGCUAUUCAUGCAAGAGGUCUUCACACUCAUCAUUAGAUGAAUCCGUUGACCCAAAAGCUCGUCAGAUGUGAAGAGAGCCUAGUAGAAGCAAAGAUCUCUGGUGCAAUCCCUCUAAGUCUCACGAUUUGCAUCGCACGCGGUACACCGCCUUGCCAUUGAGAAUUCUGUUACCACUACCAGAUUCGAGAUUCUACAACGUCUCAGCUUUAGGAGAGGAUAAUUAUGAAGCAAGACGAUAGAGACAAAAUGAGAUACUUCCAGCAUGAGAGGAAGAGACGGAAUGACACUGUUACAUUUAUGGUACUAGUAGUAAAUAAAUUGUCAGAUUCCACUUAUGGAGCGAAUACCAUACCAUGACCUCACU